AUGGCGAGAUAUCUGGCUGAAGUAGUCGUGCGAAAUAUUCGAUGCGUUUUCCGUUGCGAGACUUCCAACGAAGCGGUCGUGCUCAUCAAGACUCAACAGGCGCACUCGGUGGAAAAGUGUCCAAAGAAGUGUCACUGUGAAGUCUUUUCAAAGCUAAGUGAAGCAUUUCAAGGCUUACUGUGCUGUGCAAUCGGUCAAAACAGCUACCGUUUUGGACGAAAAGUGUGCUGCUGCCGUGUAGCUGUGCUCUUGUACAUCCGUCAACUUCACUGGACCGAUUGA